UGGCUAGUUGAGUCAGUAGUUCAUUGAUUGUGACUUCACUCACCACAAUGAAAUCGUUCGCAGUUCUCCUUUCAGCUUUGGCCAUCGCGUCCGCCUUGGACGUUGACUGGAAUACUCUCCGUCCACGUCAUAUUGAUCCAGAAAUUUUGGAUACCCUUCCCGAUAUCACUCCAACUGGACGUAUCACCGGAGGACAAGAAGCAUCCGCUCAACAAUUCCCAUACCAAGUUGGAUUGUUCCUUGAAGUUGAAGGUGGUACUGCUUUCUGCGGUGGAUCCUUGAUUGAUCCUGAAUGGGUUCUUACUGCUGGACAUUGCGUUGAUGGAGUGUCUGCAGCCACUGUUGUUCUUGGUGCCCACAACAUCAGGGAUAGCAACGAACCAGGACGUGUUGAAAUAUCUGUUCCAAAGGCUAACCUCAUUCUUCACGAGAAAUACGAUGGAACCACCAUCAAGAACGAUAUUGCCCUCAUCAAGAUCCCAGCUGUACAAUUGAGUGACAAGAUCCAAACCAUCAACCUCCCAAAGAAGAGCGAAGCCAGCGCCAAUUUCGAAGGACGUGCCGCCGUCGCUUCAGGUUGGGGAAGGCCAAGUGAUGCUCAAUCCACCAUUUCUGAUGUUCUCCGUUUCAUUGACACCGCCGUCAUGAAGUUGUCUUCAUGCAAAUUGAAGAUGUUGUUCCUUCCACAAGACUCCAACAUCUGUAUUGAUGGCAAGAACGGUAAGUCAACCUGCAAUGGUGAUUCUGGUGGUCCAUUGGCCGUUAUUGAAUCUGAUGGCUCCAAGACCGUUGUUGGUGCUACCUCAUUCGGUCUUUCAUUCGGUUGCGAGAAGGGAUACCCAGCCGCCUUCACCCGUGUUACUUCCUACUUGGACUGGAUCGUCAGCAACACUGGAAUUAACCUUCGCAAUUAAGCAUUUUGCAAUGUAAAGUUAUUGAGUAUCGAAUCUUUCUCAAUAAAAUAAUAAUUGAUAAUUUGAAAA